AUGCUGCCAUUAACACUGCCCAUAUCACUGGCUGUACUGACCGGCUUGUUGGGGUUUUUGGCCGGCGCAGUCAUACAACAGGAUAGCACCUAUCGCAAUCUGCAAUCGUCAAUGGAAAGCGAUCCCUACAUCUUUCAGAGUCGCCAGCGAAUCUUUCAAGCAUUGAGAUUGGUCGUUCAUCCACUUCAAGCGACCGACAACGACUCCUUCGACUCCAUUGAUUAUGCCGCAGUUGAGAGGCCGGAAGGAGAACAUCCAAUUCGAAGACUAUCAGGAGACUCUGAGUCCGUAUUUGCCAACUAUAUUAAAUGGUUUCAGGCCAACAUGAACACUGUGACCAUGUUCUUCACCUUCUCGUCGGGCAAUGAGCCGGUGGCGGAGCCAGAACCCACCCAUGUUGCAACCCUGAUGAAGUACGGGUUUCCCGGUCUUGAUGAUAUACAUGUUUAUCGUAAUUUUGUGCUAUCUUAUGAUAGACGUAAUCGAAUCGCUCACUGGGUAUGCGAGCAUCUGGAGAGCGAAUGUCUGAGCAACCCCGAUUCUGAUACAAUGCCAAUACCAACAGAUUAUGUAGUCGAUUCCCAGAUACCGGUUAUCUUUCGCGCCGCUCACCGCGACUAUAAGAAUACCGAUUGGGUGGCCACUCAAAUGGCGUCGCCGCUAAACUACUGCUGCGAUGAGCAGAAAUAUGUUGAGACGUUCAUAAUGCCAAAUAUAGCGCCGUUGAACAAUGGGCUAAAGACGAGAAUAUGGUCACGCCUGGAGGACUACGUACGCGAGCUGGCUGUCAAAUGCGGCUCGGUAUAUGUCUAUACGGGUCCACUGUUUAUGCCACAGCGCAUCACCUUUCGCAAUUGGGCGAUCAGGCAUCAGGUGAUUGGCAUGAAUACGGUGGCCGUGCCGACACACUUCUUCAAGGUGAUAAUUGCCGAGUGCAAGGAUCAGGAAUUUCUACCCUAUAUGGAGGGUUAUGUUGUACCAAAUACCGAAAUCGAAAACAAUGUUGAGCUAAGUGCAUUCAUGUCCAAUAUCCGUGACAUCGAACACUUUGCCGGACUCAAGUUCUACGACGGCGAACUGCGACAGGAGCUGCAUCACAAUGUGGCCAGGAACGUUAAACGCAAUGAGAAAGAGCAUUAGCUCUCUGUUCGGUGCGUGUCGCUCCAAUUGGAACAUCAGUAUGUUUGGGAGGCUGCCGCGCUAUAAUCAAAAUCGAAACACAACCGUUACAAUAUUUGAAUGUUUUAAAUCUAUUCUCUCACUUACUGCAGCCUUGCACGGCUCUGCUCGCAAAUAAAGGGCUUGAUC